AUGGCAGGAGGUCUGAAACCAGUUGCUGCCACUCUCAUUAUACUCAACAUAAUGUUUACCACUUGUGUUACGUCGACAUGCCCACCGACGCCUCCGGCCCCGAAACCAGCUCCAUUGCCGCCCUCCCCCACGCCGGUGAAGCCAGCUAAGUGCCCGAGAGACACCCUUAAGUUCGGUGUCUGCGGGGACUGGCUGGGGCUUGUCCACGAGGUUAUCGGGACGAAGCCUAGCAGCGAAUGUUGCGCAGUUUUGGAGGGCAUCGCUGACCUCGAAGCUGCAUUGUGUCUGUGCACUGCAAUCAAGGGGAAUGUGUUAGGCAUUCUGAAAUUUAAAGUACCUGUUGCCAUAAGUCUGGUGUUCAACUCCUGCGGGAAGAAGCUGCCGAAAGGCUUCGUCUGCUGAGAAGGAUUCUACUCUCUACCCUUUUACUUGAUUGUACCUGCUUGUAAUUUUCACUUUGAGUUUGCUGUUUCUGUGUCAAUGACAUGUCAGCUCCCACUGCUUUCUUCUUUAAGUAAUAACAAUGGAGUCUCUCUCUCUCUCUA